UCUGGCGGCUAGUGACGUCCCUCGGGCAUGAACAACUCACCCCGGGUUGUAUAUUUUUAGCGCCGGCGGUCUUCUUUGAACUGAUCUUCAAGUUGUUACUUACCUAACUAUGUCUGCUGUUGCCCAGAAAAUCCUUGUCGUGGGUGGAAAUGGGUUCGUCGGUUCUGCAGUGUGCAAGGCUGCGAUUGUGCGGGGCAUGGGGGUCACCAGUGUUAGUUCGUCUGGGAAGCCUUAUCGUACCCCAAAGGGCCAUACCCCAGACUGGGCAGAGAAGGUAGAAUGGCGAAAAGCCGACGCCAUGAAUCCUGACACAUAUGCUGAUAUUCUACCUGGCGUCAACGCGGUCGUGCACACCAUAGGCACCCUCCUUGAUAAUACACAGCGUAAUAAACAGUUCCACGACAAGGACUUCGUGGGCUUGCUGAAGUCCAUUACGGGUAUCACUCCGGUUGAGGCGCGCCAUCUAGGAGCCUACGAGAAACUUAAUCGUGAUACAGCCAUCCGUAUGUGUGAGGCCUUCACCGCCAGUAAACCUGCCCAAGGAAUUACGCAAGUUCGCCCGUUUGUGUACGUUUCUGCGGAAGAUUUUCACAGGCCUGCUAUAUCUGUGCGAUACAUAGAGACCAAACUGGAGGCCGAGGGAAAAAUCGAUGAAAUCAUGAAAGAACAUCCACAGUAUCGAGCGGUACACGUUCGGCCUUCUAUGAUAUACGACCCUGAGACUAGGCCGAUGACUAUCCCAGCCAACUUCUUUACCUUUGCGGCGUGGGUGCACGCAGGUAUGCCGUCAUUUGUACCGAUGCCAGCAUCCAUCCUCCGCUGGUUCGGCACGAGGUUCCCGAAGGCGACUGAGCAGACACCUUCGGCGUUGGUAUCUGUGGCCACCCUGCUGAGCGUCCCUCCAAUUCGUGUCGACCACUUGGCCGAAGCUAUCUGCGCUUCCCUGGAUCCUGCUAAAAAUAUUGAGGGACCCAUUGGUGUACGUGCCAUGAGGGAGCUAAUCGGAUGGUCGAAAGGAGGGCCUACUCCGUCGGACUCCUGAUCGUUUGCUGGCGGUUAACCGCUGUUUACUCUUUUAUUUAAAUGAAGACUUUUAGUGUGUCUAGAGUCCUAUCAUAUUACUGAUUGUCGAGCAGACUUCAAUGACACAAUAAAAUCAAUGGUUUGGGCUCCUCACAAGAUGGCACCAUUUCCCUGUGGUUCCUGCC